UUUAACAAGUGCGCGCGCGCGUCGGUAACGGAACGCGCGAGACAGCAGAGAGAGAGAGGGAGAGAGAGAGAGAGGGAGAAGGAGAGAAAGAGAGAGAAGCGGGCGAAUCGAAGAGCUGUGGUUUUUUCCCCCUUUUGCACUCGCCACACGAACAUCCAAGUGACUUCAGGCAUCGGCGGCGGUCAGCACGCGUCCCUCCUGAAACAAUGAUCGGGCAUCUGCUCUUCGUGCUCGGCUUGCUCAUCAGCGGCAGCGAAGGUGUUCUACAGGUCUCCAUCUCUCUGAAGAAGGUAGAACUGAGCGUCGGGGAGUCGAAGUUUUUCACAUGCACAGUGAUUGGAGAACCCAUCAGCCUGGAGUGGUAUAACCCUCAAGGUGAGCGCAUGGUGCCAUCCCCACGAGUCGCUCUGCACAAUGAGGGAGUGCGCUCCAGACUCACCCUCUACAACGCCAACAUAGAGGACGCAGGUAUCUACCGCUGCCAAGCCACUGACUCACAAGGACAGACACGAGAGGCCACAGUGGUCCUGGAGAUUUACCAAAAACUAACUUUUAGGGAGGUGCCAUCACCUCAGGAGUUCCGGCAGGGCGAUGUGGCUGAGGUUGUGUGUGAUGUCACCAGCUCCCCUGUACCUGUGGUGGCAUGGUACUACAAUAAUAUGGAGAUCACUGAGGACACUGACAAGUUUCAGCUUCUCCCAAACAACAACUUACAAGUUCAGAGAGUAACUAAAGCAGAUGAGGGUGUGUACCGCUGUGAAGCCCGAGUGGAGGCCAGGGGUGAGAUUGACUUCAGAGAUAUCAUCCUGGUUGUCAACGUUCCUCCAGUGCUGUCUGUUCCACAGCAGUCCUUCAAUGCUACAGCAGACUAUGGUGAAUCUGUGACAUUCACCUGCAGGGCUUACGGCUCUCCUGAACCUAAUGUUACCUGGCACAGGAAGGGAGUUGAACUCCAAGAGUCAGAGAAGUAUGUAAUGCGAGCCCGCGGAACCACACUCACUAUUCACAACAUUAAGCAGGACGACGGUGGCUCCUACACCUGCAAGGCCUCCAACAAGGCUGGCGAUGUGCAGCGGGAAAUUUUCCUCAAAGUUUUCGUCCAACCACAUAUCACUAAGCUGAGGAAUGUAACAGCUGUGGAAGGUAGUGCUGCUAUGAUCUCCUGUAAAGCUGAGGGUGAACCCCUGCCAGAGAUCUCCUGGAGGAGAGCCAGCGAUGGAUUGAGCUUCUCUUAUGGAAAAAAGAGUCCAGACGACCGUGUGGAGGUGCGUGGGCAUCAUGGUGAGUCCAUGCUGACCAUCGUGGGUGUGGGCCUGUCUGACUGGGGCCGUUUUGACUGUGAAGCUCUCAGCAGAAUUGGAGGACAUCAGAAGAGCAUGUUCCUGGAUAUCGAGUAUGCGCCCAAGUUCCAGACUAAUCACACCAUCUUUUUCUCAUGGGAGGGGAACCCGGUAAAUAUCAGUUGUGAGGUGAUGUCCAACCCUGUGGCCACUAUGCUGUGGCGGCGAGACAAGAUGACCAUCCCUACUGAAGGCACAGCUAACAUGCGAGUACACAGUGCUCCUGGCAAAUCGUUGCUAGAGGUCACUCCCAUGUCAGACCGGGAUUUUGGCCGAUACAACUGCACAGCCAGAAACAACAUUGGCAUGCGGUUUCAGGAGUUCAUCUUGGCUCAGGCAGAUGUUCCAUCUAACCCAUACUCGGUGCAUCUUAGCUCCGUGGCACAGCGCACAGCUACCGUCACAUUUAUGAAGCCAGACUCUCAUGGUGGAGUUCCUAUUGGCCAUUACCUGGUCAGAUACAAAGACAUCAGUUCAAAUGAGUGGAGAGAUGUGAAGUCACAUGGAACACAAACAAUAGUGCUGCUCACAAACCUUGAGCCCAACACUACAUAUGAGGUUCGAGUGGCAGCAGUGAAUGGAAAAGGCCAAGGGGAGUUUAGUCGCACAGAGAGCUUUCAGACAUUGCCCAUUCGAGAGCCGAGUCCCCCAUUAGUGCAGGGUCAAAGGUGCAUUGGAAAGGCCUACAGACUGGGCCUGGUUAAACAGGACGAUGGUGGCAUGCCCAUCCUGGAGUAUAUUGUCAAAUACAAAACAGAUAAAGAGGACCAGUGGAUGACCAAGGUGGUACCAGGUUCGAAUGACUUUGUGCUGCUACAGCCUCUCCAGUGGAAUAUGUUGUAUGAAGUGGAGCUCACUGCCCGCAAUGUCAAAGGCCUGUCUGAGCCCACCUUUGUGAAGUUCUCCAUGCCACAAAAGCCAGAUAUUACAGCAGACUCCCUGUUCAGCAGCCUCGGCUUGGGUGCAGUAGUGGGAUUGGGCAUGGCAGGCCUGCUGCUGCUGCUUGUGCUGGUAGACAUCAGCUGCUUUUUCCUGCGCCAGUGUGGCUUGCUCAUGUGCAUCACACGCAAGCUGUGCAGCAAGAAGACCGCCACCAGUGGCAAGAGCAAAGAAAUGGAGGAAGGAAAGGCUGCCUAUCUGAAGCUGCCACUAAAAGAGGAGAACGGCAAAGAGUCCCUUAAACCGGAUACGAUUGAGAUUAAAGUUCACGGUGACAACAGCCUACACACGGUGCCGGAUGACAGCAGAGCGUAAUGGAGCAGCUGCCGUGCACUUCGGGGACAUGCACGAGCUACCCAGACACCAAAACAACGCAAAAACCCAGCAAGUUAAUGAGAAAACAAACAAGAACAUGGUUGAACAAGUCCCUUGCUAGAGACUGAUUGUCAGGGGGAUCCACAAAGAAACUGUGUACAUAUAAAAAAAAACGAAAAGGCUACACAGCAGUUGUUUUGUGAUACAUCUUUCAGAGGAGGCCUUUCUACAGAAAGGCUCUUGUUUAUCUGUGAUUGUUGUUCUUUCUUUUAAAGGCUGAAGCUUUGCGUGUGAUUCUCUGUUACCGGAAGCGGUUUGAUAUGUGUUCUUUUCCCCACUAUUUCUCUCACUCCAAGCUCGAAACCACAUGCACUUCAAUUUUCCAGAGAGAAUUCAUAUGCACAAACACACUAUUCAUCCACAAAGGAAUAGAUUGCAUCAUGUCACAGUCUGACCGCUGUGUGUGGGCUUAUGUGUGUGUUGUGGUAUUGGGUAAUUAUAGUGUAUUUCUGUUCUUGCCUUUUGGCCACUGUGCAGCAUCAACCUCGGACAGUAGUGUUUAUUAAAAUGCUACAGCUGUGACGUUAGAGAGACACGAACUUGAGAUCACCUUUAUAGCAUUCCCUGGUUCUGUCCAUACUUGCUUAUGUCCAAACUCAUGCACUGAAAUGAACACUUUUUUAAAUUGCAUUCUGUUUAAAUAAAAAAAAAACAGAAUUUAAAACUACAAUCUUUGUGAAAUGGAUCCCAGCAUAGAAAACUGAACUCUUUCAUUUCAGUAACAUUUUUGUUAUUGCUUACUGCCUGUCAUUUCCGAAUGCGGUGUGUGUGUGUGUGUGUGUGUGUGUGUGUGUGUGUGCGCGCACGCACGUGUGUGCACACACAUGAGCAGAUGUGGCAGUAUGUUGUGGUAAAGUUUGUGAAAAGUGUAAAAUAAAAGAGAAAGUAUAAAGGAUACAUGUGACUUGCAAACACUGUGUGGCAAGUUUGAAAGAAUAGAGUGAACAUAUGCAGUUGAUGAAAAUGUGAUCUGCACAAAUGUUUCAGUGUAAAUAUACAAUAGUAUUACUUUUGCAAAUGAAGGGAACAAAGGCACCAGUUAUGAAAUGUAUUUGUGUAACACAGACUCUGUAUUAAUUUCAUAAGACCUGCAUUGCUUGUUGGCAUUCCUCAUUAAUAAUUUCAUAAUAGGGCUUGACUGUGUCAGUUUGCUGGAAAGACAGGUAUUGUUCCUUGCAGUCUUAAGUCUUGUUUUUUAUUGCUGGCUAUGUGUGUAAUCUGUUCAUCAUUUGCAAUGUUUCUCCACAAAUUAAUUAAUAAGCUUUACCAGACUCUGACUCACGACUCAUUAGGAGGGUCAGUAUACAAAUGAACAAAAAUGAAAGAUGAAUACACAUGCAGAAUUAUAGAAUCCCAGAAAGUAAGAGUAAUGAGGACUGAGAAACAUCAUACUCUGUCCAGGGAUUCAAAAAAACAAUUAACAAACCUGCAUGAAAAAUCUCAAUAUCCAUAGCAUAUUGUAACUAAUCUGAUUCCCUCUAAAAAUAAAAGGAGAAAGCCAGUUGCACCAGCAAAGUAUAGCGCUA